AUGAGUGCCGCAACUUCUGUCUUUAACCAGCCCAAGCCAGUGGUGUCGCUGGAUCCGACACUACUUGAGGCAAUCAACUCAGGUAUUCGGCCCUACCCAAUACCUAGUGGUCGUGUAUAUGGUUAUGGUACUGCAGGGUUUCGCAUGAAAGCCAAUCUAGGAUUGGAUCAUGUGGUUUAUACUGUUGGUUUGUUGGCCGCGAUCCGGUCAAAGAAGAGGAACGCCACGAUUGGUAUCAUGAUCACAGCGAGUCACAAUCCGGCUGAAGACAAUGGAGUGAAGCUGGUUGACCCUAUGGGUGAUAUGCUUGAGCAGUCUUGGGAAGGUUAUGCAACCGUUCUGGCGAAUACUGCGAACGAAGAUAUGGGCAAGGCCUACGAGACUCUAGUGAAUGAGACACUAGUUGACGAGAUCCGUCAGCUUCAGGAUCGACCAGCAAACAUUGUCAUUGGGCGAGAUACUCGUGCUUCUGGUCCAACUCUUGUCAAGGCGCUCAAAGCCGCGUUGGACGCUGUCGGUGCUAAGUACACUGACUAUGGCUACCUUACCACACCUCAACUACACUACAUGGUGCGCUGCAUCAAUACCCAGAAUACGCCAUAUGCCUUUGGAGAAGCUACCGAGGAAGGGUACUACAAGAAGAUGGCUACUGCUUUCAAGACAAUCAUGCAUGGAAGAUCGAUCAAGGGUCAUGUAGUAAUUGACUGCGCGAAUGGAGUUGGUGGUCCCAAACUGCAAGAGCUGCUCAAAUAUUUGCCAACCUCUAAAGAGGGCGGUAUUGACAUUAAGGUGCUGAACGACGACGUCUUGAGACCCGAAGUCCUUAAUCUCGACUGUGGUGCCGACUUCGUGAAGACCAGACAGAAGGCUCCUCCUGGCUCGAAAGCCACUCCUAACGAGCGGUGCUGCUCUCUUGACGGGGAUGCGGACCGAGUCGUAUACUAUUUCACAGACUCCAACGGUGUCUUCCAUCUUCUAGAUGGCGAUCGCAUAGCAACACUCGGAGCAGUCUUCUUGGCCGAAAUGGCAGAAAAGGCCGGUUUAAGCGACAAGCUAAAGAUCGGUCUUGUUCAAACUGCUUACGCCAACGGCGCAUCCACAGAAUACGUAGAAAAAGUACUGAAACUCCCCGUCGUCGUCACUCCCACCGGAGUCAAGCAUCUCCACCACGCCGCAGCCCGAUUCGACAUCGGCGUCUACUUCGAAGCCAACGGCCACGGCACCAUCCUCUUCUCAGUCAACGCCACCAAGAUCAUCCGCGAAACACAACCCAAAAACCCCGGCCAAAAACACGCUCUCGACUCCCUCAGCGCCUCAAUCGACCUCAUCAACCAGACCGUCGGCGAUGCCAUCUCAGACAUCCUCUUCGCCGAAGUCGUCCUCGCACACAAAGGCUGGACACCCGAGAACUGGCUGAACACCUACAUCGACCUUCCUAACCGCCUCGUUCGUGUCGAAGUUCACGAUCGAGGCCUAUUCAAGACGGAAGAUGCGGAAAGGAAAUUGGUUUCACCGAAGGGUGCUCAGGAAGAGAUUAAUAGACUCGUGUCGAACUAUACUAAAGGAAGAUCGUUUGCUCGGGCUUCGGGGACGGAGGAUGCGGUUAGAGUUUAUGCGGAGGCGUACUCGAAACAUGAGGCUGAGGCGCUCGCUAAGCAUGUUGCGGAUGUGGUGAAGAAGUAUGGUGCUGCUCCAGAUCCUCGUGGUCAAUCGUAA